AUGUUCCAUGAAAUUGCAUCUGAUUUUAUAAUAGAUCUACAGAAACGAUUAUACGAAACCAAUGAGAAUGGAGAUGAUGGACGAUAUAGACCACCCUCCACUCGUGUUGCCAGAUAUCAAAUUAUAAUUGCAUCCACAUUAGGAUUAUUUGCCCUCCUUGCCUUCUCAAUCCUUCGAAUCCGAUAUCCUAAAAUAUAUGUUGCCAAUCUUAAUCAUAUGAACUUCAAUUAUUUACAUUCCUCUUCCAGGAAAUAUCUCCCGAAACUACCGGCAAAAUCAUUAUUUGGUUGGAUUCCAAUUGUGUAUAAAAUAAAUGAACUGCAGAUAUUAGAGCAUGCUGGUUUUGAUGCCGUGGUGUUUCUUCGAUUUUUUAAGAUGUGUAUUAGAAUAUUGGGUACCUGUCUUUUACUUGCGAUAUUUGUCAUUUCACCAAUUAGGUAUAAAUUCACAGGAAAAUUGGAUCUGGAUUAUCCUGAUGAUGAUGGCGAUGAUGAUGACAACAACAAUGGGACAUCAAUUGUAAUGAGACAACUCAUUAAAAUGGCAGCAGGAGGAACAAAUAUUCCCGAGGAUGUGGAGCAAUCUUAUCAAUUGUUUCUGUGGAUGUAUGUUGCAUUCACAUAUAUUUUCACUAUAAUUACAAUAUAUUUCUUAUUUAAUCAAACUAAUAAAAUCAUAGAUAUGAGACAAAAAUAUCUUGGGGGACAAAAUUCAAUUACUGACAGAACCGUUAAAGUAUCAGGAAUACCGGCAGUAUUGAGAGAUGAAAUUACAUUAGCUAGACAUAUUGAAAGUUUAAAUAUCGGAGAAAUCGAUUCAAUUCUUAUUGUACGAGAAUGGGGAAAUCUAAAUAAAUUAUUCAAAUUGAGAAAGAAAGUACUACGAAAAUUAGAAGUAUAUUGGGUAGAAUAUUUCCAACAAAAGGGGAUAAUAAAUAAAGCGCAAUUACUUUCUUCUUCCAGUUUACAUCCUCAAUUAAGAGACCUGAUAGGAUUAGACAAUAAUAAUAAUAGCUACCGAGAUAACGAAGAAGACGAAUCCACUCCUGAAGCAACUGAUAAUUCCAAUCCACGAACCCCAUCCCCUUCAAUAAUCGAUCAAAUUUCGGAAAUCGUCGAAGAAGAAGCAAGCACAUCAGUCCCAAGUUUAUUGAAUGAUGAAUUACGUGACCGUCCCAAAAUCAACAAAGGGUUAUUUGGCAUAUUUGGACCCAAAGUGGAUGCAAUUGCUCAUUAUACCGAACAACUAGAAGUCAUCGAUAAAGAGAUUAACCGAGCUAGAACCAAAGAAUAUCCAGGAACUUCCACUGCUUUCUUAACUAUGAAGACUGUGGCACAAGCCCAAAUGUUAGCACAAGCUGUAUUGGACCCAAAAGUAAACCAUUUAAUUACAAGUCUUGCAGCAGCACCUCAUGAUAUUAGAUGGGAUAAUUUAUGCUUAACCAGAAAGGAAAGAAAUACCAAGAUAUUUAUUGUGACUUUAAUUAUUGGACUUAUGAGUAUACUUUUGAUUUAUCCUGUGAGAUAUAUGGCAAGUUUAUUGAACACAAAAAGUAUUGCUAAAAUGUGGCCUUCAUUAGGAAGAUUUUUACAUAAUAAUAAAUGGGCCAAAACUGCAAUAACUGGAUUAUUACCAACAUAUCUUUUCACAAUUUUAAAUAUAAUAAUUCCAUUUUUUUAUGUUUGGAUAUCUGCAAAACAAGGAUUCACAUCCCAUAGUGAUGAAGAAUUAUCUUCAGUAUCAAAGAAUUUCUUUUAUAUCUUUGUGAAUUUAUUUUUGGUAUUUACAACUUUCGGUACGGCAUCGUUGAGUGAUACUACAAAAAUUGCUUAUGAUUUAGCACAAUCAUUAAAAGAUUUAUCAUUAUUCUAUGUUGAUUUUAUUAUUUUACAAGGAUUAGGAAUUUAUCCAUUUAAAUUGUUAUUAAUUGGAAAUUUAAUAACUCACCCAAUUGAAUCACUUUUUUGGUGUAAGACACCAAGAGACUAUUUAAAAUUAUACAAACCACCAGUAUUCGAUUUCGGGUUACAAUUACCUCAGCCAAUGUUGAUAUUCAUAAUUACAUUAGUUUAUUCAGUAAUGUCAUCCAAGAUCUUAACUGCAGGAUUAAUCUAUUUCAUUAUUGGAUAUUUUGUAAGUAAGUAUCAAUUAUUAUAUUCAUGUGUUCAUCCACCUCAUUCAACAGGGAAAGUCUGGCCUUUAGUUUUCAGAAGAAUAAUUCUUGGGUUAAUAAUUUUUCAAAUAACCAUGGUGGGGACAUUGGCACUUCAAGAAGCAUUCACCUGUGCAUCUUCAUUAGCUCCAUUACCUUUAAUUUCAUUAUACCUUUUGUGGAGUUUCCAAAAUCAAUAUAUCCCAUUAUCGUUGUUUAUAGCCUUACGUGCAAUUGAAAAUAAUAAUCCUCCGCCUAAUAACUUGGUUGAUCUUGAAAAUGUUCCUGGACAAGAUAGAACCCUUGAUGAAAGAAGGGAAUUAAAUACGAAAUAUGAAUAUCCUAAUUUAGUCAAUGAUUUGGAUGGACCUUUGCUUGCGAUUGAUGGACUGGAUAUGUUGUUGAUAAAUUAUGAUGGAACAACCGUUCGUAAAUCCCAAAAUAAUAAUGAAUGGAGUUAUUAA